CAAAUCUACAAAUAACUACCAAACGGACCAAAAUUGGUUUAGUCACGCGGCUAGACUAUCACCCAUUGAAAAUUUCUAAGUGCCUGGAACCAUACCGAAAGAAGAAGCAAGUGCAAAUAAAUCAAUCGGUUUACAUAAGCUCGCGACAAUGAUACUGGAUUUGUUGGAUCACUAAGUAUAAAAGUAUACUAUGUAGUUUAAUUAAUAAAAAGGAACUGAGUAUCAGAUGAGAUGGAAAUAUGAUGCAUAGGUUUACAUAAACUUAUUAAGAAUAUUGAGUAUCGAAAGCAAUACGCGGAAAGCUGAUUUCAAGGUUGUGAGUGGUCGGUCUUUAAUUCCGAAGCUGUUUUAUUCACUUAGGUCCUGCCAUUUUCAUAUGCAUUGUGAUAGAAGUUACGUUGACUAUAUUUUAUAGAAUAUGUUCCUAUGUUGUUCGUUGGCUCGAAUUGCUGACGUUAGAUAUCUAACGAAUUUGUGCAGAUCGUCUACUGUGUCGUCGGAGCAAUUAUCAAUAUUUAAACCCAAAACUGCGCUGAUAUUAGCUAAAUUAUCCAAAUAUGAUUGUGAAAAGUCAAUGGAAACUUAUUUGAAUGAUGACCAGUUAAAAACGUCUAUAGAAAGAAGAGGUUUUAACCCUCGUCUUCUGAUCGCUCGGCAUGAAACACAUUAUGCAAAAUUAUUUGAAUUGAAAAAUGCUUUAAGAGAUCAUGGUUUAGAAGUACAUAUUGUGGAUCGUCAUGAUUACUCAGUGGAUUCUGUUAAUUGGGCAGAUGUUGUUUUUACUGCUGGUGGUGAUGGAACAUUUCUUCUUGGUGCCAGUAAAAUUUUACAUCCUAAUAAACCAAUUAUUGGUUUUAACACUGAUCCUUCAUUCUCUCAUGGAUUUUUAUGUUUACCGAAAUGGUGUACUUCCAAUGUUUCAACAGCUAUUGAUCUUCUCUUAUCAAAACAUUUUCAAUGGCUUUGGCGUCAGCGUAUACGUGUCACCAUAACUCAUUCAAAAAAUGAUCAGUUGAUAAUGCAACCUUUGGAUAAAAAUAAACCAAUUAAUCAGACUAUUCAUGAAAUAGAAUUAUCAAACACCCCACUGGAUUCGUCAUCAUGCCAAUUAUUUCCAUCUUCUUGUAGUCCAAGUGAAAUGAAGACAACAUUACUGCCUGUAUUUGCUUUGAAUGAGGUUUUCGCCGGGGCUGCUUCGAGUGCAAGUGUCUCCGAUUAUGAUAUCUCAGUUGAUUCUGGGGAAACUAUUGAAAGACAAAAAUCAAGUGGUCUAGUCAUUUCUACUGGUACAGGCUCAACUUCAUGGUCUCAUCAAAUUAAUAAAUUAUCCGAAUCAAAUAUUAAGAAAUUAUUUGAUCUUGUUCAACAGAUAAAUCCAUUUAUUUUGUCGAAUGGUUUAUUAGAUCAUGGUACAAACACAUCUUCAGUUGGAAAUUCAAAUGUGACUAAAUUGGAUUGUUUAAUCGAAACAAUUGAGGCAUUAUAUAAUAAAUCAUUUAUUUUUAAUCCAGAAGAUUGUCAAAUGAUGUAUACGGUUAGAGAUCCAUUGAACAAUGGUAAGUUUUUGUUUAAUAAUAACAGUUAGGUUGGACAAAUUACAAAUCCAUAACAGAUAUAUUGAUAUGGUAUACAGUUACCUUUUGGAAACUUAGGAUUUAAUAUAAAAUACUUAGGAAAUGAAUUCUCAAAUGAAACUCAAUCUUGCUGUCUCAGGAAAUUGAAGAAAUUGACUAUAUUCAUUCCGCAACAUUUGGGUAUACGAACGGUCUGACCAAAAUGUACUCAAGAGUACAGUCGCUCGAUUUCAGGACUCAAGAAUGAGUUUUCAUAACAUUCUAAAGAUUUUAAAGCUUAUGCAGCUAAUCAAGAUCUUUAGCGGAAAACAGUAGAAUCAAAAACUGAUAUCUGUAUGAAAAAUAGCUUCAGAAGUGCUAUGUCGACUGAAUUCGAUUCGUCAUUAACAUGGAUCAAGUUUCGGAGUCAAUAACAAUUCGCACAGUGAAUAUUCGUUGUGUUUUAGUUGGUUCACAACUAAGCAAAUGUUUUCAUGUGUGAAAUUCAGUGUAUUCAAAGUUGCUAAACCGCAUGGUUUCGCUUCAGAAUUGUACAUCCGAUCACUUAUGGAUGACGGACAUUUGGCAUUUGACAGUGGUGUCACAUUUCCUUUCAAAUCAGGAUCUAUUGCAAAAUUUACUGUUCUACCUUCUGAUGCAUUAUGCUGUGUUACAUUUAAUGUUCCUUGUCAAGUGAACUAAUACCUCAGGUAUUUUUAGUUUGGCUUCUUUUGGGGGUACGAAUUCAGAUCAUUAAACACCAGUGUUGGUUCUAACCAUCUGUAAAAAAUAUCAUUUUUUAUUAUUUACUUCCAUUAUUCCGUAGACAUUUUUUCAUUAUACCAUUAAUGAAUUCAUUGUCGAACACUUUAUUUUGCUAAUUCAUGAAUUGUGUUUCUGAGAUUCUGUACAUUAUGAAAUUUGCAAUGCAAUUUCCAAUCCGGAACUUGUACGUUUUUUGGUUCUCUUAUUAUUAUUUACUAUUGUUACUAUUAUUAAUGGCUUUAUUCAAUAUCGUAUACUUAAUACAAUGUAGAAUUCUCACCACACGGUAUUUCAACAUGUUUCUUUUACAAAAAAGAAAAAAAAAGCGAAAGGAACUGAUAACUGUAUACAUACAUACACAAUUUAAGUAGAUAAACGACCUGGAAUUAAAUAAAACGUUUUUUUUUCAAAGAAGAUUUGAAUCUGUACAUCUUUUAAAAAUUAGAAACAUGUUU